AUGCAGGCGGAAAAAUCAAAUAGCCUCCUACAUAAGUUGAGAGCCACUACGUACCACACAACCCUACAGAUACCCUACAUUCUGGAUGACGACGGCAACAAACAUAUAGACCCACAAGCGAUCAGCAAUGCGUUUGCGGCCUUUUACUCCAAAUUAUAUAACCUCCAUACAGACACAACAAUACUGCACCCUCAAAGCUUAGACGCAACACGCUAUCUAGCAGACAUCACUCUGCCCAAG